AUCCACAAUAUUGCAAGGGUCGAUUUUUCCACGAAAGGCAGUGGACUCGUGGGUCUCCGGUGUAUUUAUCUCGAAUCAAACAUACAUUCAUACAUACCCACCAUUACAAAUAAAAACAACUCCCUUGCAGUUUGGUGUAUAAUCCUUUUUUCCUUACGGAUAUGAAGUUUUUUCAAUUAUGCCUGCACUUACUCACUUUCCUUUUAGUAACAGCAACAGCACCCGCGAUUGCAAAGUACGCCAAGAGAGGGUGCAAUGGUAAGUGCGGGAGAGUUAGGAUUCCAUACCCUUUUGGAAUCGGUGCUGGAUGUUCUUUCAAUAAAUGGUACAUCAUUGGUUGCAACAACUCGAAGCCAUAUCUACCUGCACUCAGCAACCUGGAAGUCUUGGGUAUAAACUUGAGAAAUCAAACAGUCACUGUUAAUGCGCCAAAGACCUCUGAUUGCGGAAACCUAGUUCAGAGUAGCAGUCAGACCACCAGCUUCGAUCUCGGUGAGAGCCCCUUCUGGUUUUCCAAAUCACACAAUAAAUUUGUUUUCGAGGGGUGUGGAACUGCUGCUAUGAUGGAUGGUGGGAGCGUGGUCACAGGGUGUUCAACGGCUUGUCCUGGUGUUACAUUUAGCGAUAGAAACAACUGUUUUGGAAUCGGUUGUUGCAAAACUGCAAUACCUUAUUAUGUCAAGUCGUACAGCAUUAACUUGACAGGCUUGGAAAGGCAAGGGGACGAUGGGGUUGUGGUUCUGCCUUCUUGGUGGAUGAAACUCUAUAUAACCAAGGAAGGUUUUCUGACCCAUAUAUUUUCAAGAAUACGUCAGUUAUUCCAACGUCACUUCUGUGGACUCUAACAGACUCUAAUAAGUUAACUUGUUGUGAUAACCGUACCCCAGUAAGGCGCAGAGUGGAUGUGUUCAAUGAUACUCCAGUGGAUACAUGGAAAUGCGGCAACUACUAUACAGCGUCAUCAGAAGAUAGCCCUUAUUUAAUAGAUGGAUGCAGGGACUCUGCAAUUCCAAAAUACGCCAAGACAGGAUGCAAAGAUAAGUGUGGGAAUGUGACGAUCCCAUACCCUUUUGGAAUUGGUGCGGAUUGCUCUGUCAAUAAAUGGUACAUAGUUGAUUGCAACUCCUCCACGCCAUAUCUACCAGCACUCAACCACCUGGAACUCUUGGAUGUAAACUUGGAAGAACAGAUAGUCAAUGUUAGUGCAUCUUGGAUCCCUUAUUGCCAAAGCCCAGUUCGAAAUAGCAGUGAGAUUAUGGGCGUUGAAUUUGGUAGUAGCCCCUUCUGGUUUUCCAAAUCACACAAUAAAUUUGUUUUUGAGGGGUGUGGUACUGCCUCUAUGCAUAUGGAUAACGGGAGUAUAAUCACAGGGUGUUCAUCGACUUGCCGCCACGAUACACUUGGUGAUAGAAACAACUGUUUUGGAAAUGGUUGUUGCCAAACUGCAAUUCCUCAUUAUCUCAAGUCAUACAACAUUAAUCUCACCGGCUUGAUAGAGGAAAAAGGUUGUCGGUCUGCCUUUUUGGUGGAAGAUGAAACUUCAUAUGAGAAAUCUGACGAAGGAAGGUUUUCUAACCCGUCUAUUGUAAGGAGGAAAACAUCUGUUAUUGUCAUGUCACUUAUGUGGACGCUAAAAGAUUCCGAUCAAGUAACUUGUUGUUAUAACUACCCCUAUGAAAGAAUCUUAAUGGAUAUGUUUAAUGGUACGACAGUGGAUACACUGAUAUGCUACAAUGAAUGGUCUACAGAAGGAACCCCCUAUUUAGUAGAUGGAUGCAAGUUCGAUAAUGAAGAAAAGCCUACGGAAGAGUGUCGAAGGUGCCAAGAUAUUGGAGGUAACUGUAGAUGGGACACGAUACUUGACGUUGAUGAUGAACUUUUCAGUCGGACUUUCAAUUGUAUUCAUGAUGGAGAAAGAACUUCCUUGCGUGUAAUUCUUGGUAAUGUUUUUUUUUUUAUACUUUUUAUCCCUAUUAGACACAUGUAGUUAUAAGAAUUAGAGGUAAUAUUAUGAAAAUAUAGUUGGAAAUUGUUAUUGUUUAAAUAUGGUUAAUAUAUCAUAUCUCAACAUUGUAAAACCCUAAUUAAAAUCAAUACAAAUAAUUACAAUUACAAUUAC